AUGAAGGACCGGCUCGCUAAUGCUAGCUGGACUCGAUUCAAGGGUCCUUCAGAACCCAGCCCUUUGUCAUAUGUUGCACAGCACCACGAUCGACGACGCAGAGCGACAUGGAAAUGCAAAUUCCCGCAACUGACGAGACAUUCACAAAAUUGCGAGACUUUAGACAUCAGCCCGGGCUUCACUAUUUCCGCCUCGAGACCUCGCCGGAAAUCCGGCGGCUCGACUUGCUUGUGUCAGUCAUCGGCCCUGACGCUGCCUAAAGACUGGACAGGCAGUUCAAACUCUGCUGGCUUGAUCCUGUCGCCCGAAUGGGUCCCAGCGGAUUGGCGGCUUUCUGAGGGUGCGAAGCCUCGACGCAAGUACAAUCUGAAGUCAAGUCACUUGGUCAGAACUAACCGGCUUAAUUCGUCUAAUUGA